UCUCUUUCCUCUCCUAAGUUUCUCUGGCUUCCCUGAGGCUGCAGGUGUUAAUCUGGGGGGCCCUGGGCCCUGGGCCCUGAGCCGGCAGCAGAAAUAUGAGGACCCAGAGCCUUCUCCUCCUGGGGGCCCUCCUGGCUGUGGGGAGUCAGCUGCCUGCUGUCUUUGGCAGGAAGAAGGGAGAGAAAUCGGGGGGCUGCCCGCCAGAUGAUGGGCCCUGCCUCCUAUCGGUGCCUGACCAGUGCGUGGAAGACAGCCAGUGUCCCUUGACCAGGAAGUGCUGCUACAGAGCUUGCUUCCGCCAGUGCGUCCCCAGGGUCUCUGUGAAGCUGGGCAGCUGCCCAGAGGACCAACUGCACUGCCUCAGCCCCAUGAACCACCUGUGUCACAAGGACUCAGACUGCUCUGGCAAAAAGCGAUGCUGCCACAGCGCCUGCGGGCGGGAUUGCCGGGAUCCUGCCAGAGGCUAAUUCUGAUUUAGGAUCUGUGGCUCUGCACCUAAGCUGGGGACCAACGGAAAGAGUUCAUGGUGGGAGGCCUGGGGCCCUGCCCGCUGGACAGCACUAUCUCUUCCAGCGGUGGUUCCAGCCUUCUGAUAAUCACUGGCCUGCUGACACUUCCCUGCAACCCAUCCACCCCUGGUUUCUCCUCCUGGGAGUCAAAGUCCAUAGCCUGAGCUCGGAGGAAGGCCUCUGUAUCACCCCAGUACCCUGCACCACUGCCAUACGAGCUUCCCACCCUUCCUGACACUUUCACACCAACCCGUACGUGCUGCUUCCUCCACCAAAAAUGCCCAAUUCAGGCAGACCCUGACCUCUCCCUCAGGCAGCCCAACCAUCCAGAAUGAAUAUUCUUGCAGAGUUUUCCAAACAUCAGUCGUUCACCUCUUUCAUGAUUUUCACCAUACCUACAAAAUAGCACCAUGAUAGGUUGCACGCUGCCUGUACCACCAUUUACUUAAUGUUUUCUUUAAAUGACUCACUUUUGUAUAUAAAUACAUUCAUUUCAAAAGAAAAUUGAUAUCACUACUAUAAAUGAGAUAAAGGAGAUCAAUUGCCACAAAUGGAAUUAUGAAAACAAAUGCAAUGGAAACAGCUCAGUUCCAUUAAAGUAAAUCAUGUCAGAUUAAAUGAUAUUAAAUAGUGUUAUUAAACUCUAGCUAGCUACAGCCACCUGCCAAGACUGAGCCUGAAGCCUCUACUCACUCUAUGUUUUUGGUUUUUUGUUUUUUGAGACAGUCUCAUCCUGUUGCCCAGGCUGGAGUGCAGUGGCACGAUCUUGGUUCACUGCAACCUCUGUCUCCCGGGUUCAAGCGACUCUUCUGCCUCAGCCUCCCAAGUAGUUGAGACUAUAGGUGCCCACCACCAUGCCUGGCUAAUUUUUGUAUUUUUAGUAGAGACAGGUUUUCACCAUGUCGGCCAGGCUGGUCUCAAGCUACUGGCCUCAAGUGAUCCACCUGCCUCAGCCUCCCAAAGUGCUGGGAUUACAUACGUGAGCCACCGCGCACGGCCAGCCUAUGUUUUAAUCAAUGAAGAUUUAAAGGGUUAAAGAUGCAAACAUUGGCCGGGCACGGUGGCUCACGCCUGUAAUCCCAGCACUUUGGGAGGCUGAGGCAGGCGGAUCACGAGCUCAGGAGAUGGAGACCAUCCUGGCUAACACGGUGAAACCCUGUCUCUACUAAAAAUACAAAAAAUUAACCGGGCGUGAUGGCGGGCGCCUGUAGUCCCAGCUACUCGGGAGGCUAAGGCAGGAGAAUGUCGUGAACCCAGGAGGUGGAGCUUGCAGUGAGCGGAGAUCGCACCAUUGCACC